CUCCGCCGCUCUUUGACUUGAAAUCACGAGAUUUCCUCUUCAUUUACUGUCCAGGUGCUCUAGCUGACCGGACACCUCCGAGGGGAGGGAAAAAAAAGGAGGAAGAGAGAGAGAAAAAAAAGAGAGCAGCGUGAGAAAGAAAGAAUAUAUUUGCAAAACAAAACGCCCUGCUAAACUGAUCAUCGGAGCAACUUAGCUGAAGAACUCAGGUCUUUGCAAUCUUUUGUCGAGUUGAUUCAGCUUUCUUUAAAGAAGAGCUUCUCCUGUUACAGAAAAAAAAUCUUGUUUGUCGACUGCAGCUGCAAUGAUUUGUUAAGGGAAGAUUUGUGUGUGUGCGUGCGUGUGUUGUUUCAGAGAGAGGUGAGCUGUUUCAUCUCGGGGGCGCUCCUUUCUAAAGUCGAUCCUCUCUGCUCGCUCUCUCUGCGUCAGGAUGUCCAAGCCCGCGGACCACAUCAAGAGGCCGAUGAACGCUUUCAUGGUCUGGUCGAGGGGUCAGAGGAGGAAGAUGGCCCAAGACAAUCCAAAAAUGCACAACUCCGAGAUCAGUAAAAGACUGGGUGCUGAGUGGAAACUGCUGUCGGAGGCUGAAAAGAGACCGUACAUUGACGAAGCCAAGAGAUUAAGAGCGCAGCACAUGAAAGAACACCCAGAUUACAAGUACCGACCUCGGCGCAAACCCAAGAACCUGCUAAAGAAAGACAGGUACGUCUUUCCUUUGCCUUACCUCGGGGACACUGAUCAUUUGAAGGCCGCGGGACUCUCUAUGUCUGCCGCCGACUCUCUCCUGGGUGCAUCCGAGAAAGCCAGAGCUUUCCUCCCGCCUACCUCGGCGCCUUACUCGUUGCUUGACCCCAGCCAGUUCGGCUCCAGCGCCAUACAGAAGAUGACCGAGGUGCCCCACACCCUUGCCACCACCCUGCCCUACGCGUCCACCUUGGGCUAUCAAAGCGGAGCAUUCGGCAGUUUGAGUUGCCCAAGCCAGCAUACGCACACCCAUCCAUCGCCCACCAACCCUGGUUAUGUGGUCCCCUGUAACUGUACCGCUUGGUCCGCUUCGAGUUUACAGCCCCCAGUUGCUUACAUACUUUUCCCGGGAAUGACCAAAGGCGGGAUAGACCCUUAUGCUUCGGCGCACGCUGCAGCCAUGUAGGUUAAGAGCACCGAGCAAAGGACUUGUGAAUUUGAAUUCUGCAUUUGCAUGUACAACGCGAACAACAGCAACAACAAAAUAAAAGACUGUCAUCUUCAGUGAUCCAGACUCUUGAGGCCUGGAACGAAUCCGCCGGAGCAGUAUUGGAACAAGCAAAAAGAAAUCAGGAUCAAUCUCUCCCGACCCCGGCACGAGCACCUUGCAAUGUAAAACAGGGAGAGAAAUAUAUAUAUAUAUAUAUAUAAAUAUAUAUAGAAUUAAAAAGACUGCCUCUGAUCUUAAAAAUUUACAUUGCAUGUACACUAAAGGCUCGAAAACUCGAAACUCUGUCCCUAGUCUGGUCACAGACUCUAAAAGAAGGGAACUUUGUGACAGAGACUGUCUGUAGCACGAGACUUGGAUGUGCUACAGACGGCGGAUAACUGGCUGUAUAAUUGUAGAUGUUUUGUUUGAAACUCUGCCACUUAAAACACUUGGCAGUUUCUCGGUUUUAUUUAUUAUCAUGUAUAUUGGUCUAUAAUACCACGUGGUCAUUUUGUUUUGGAACUGAAUUAUUUCAAGUCCUCAGAUUUCCUUUGCACAUCAGAAACGAGACUUGUAUUAAAACGUUGCCACCAUAUCUAGACGACUUGGCAAUUUCGUUAGAGAUUGCGAAAUAACUUUUAAAAUUAACCAUAAGUGAGGGGUUGUUUAUAACCUGGCGAAGACGGACAGAGUAAAAGUGCACUGGACUGCCUUAUAUUAAAGAUAGUCUUCACUUGUUAUUUCUGAUCUCCAUUGGAACCUGGUCACGGUUUUUAUUUCAGACCGAACUUCAGACGUGAAGUCAAUAACGUUGGUUAUUUUUUUAAAAAUGACAAUUCAAAUAUGUUUUAAAAAAAGGGUAUGUCUCCAAUACAAACUGUAUCCAGAAGGAUUUUACCUCGUAACUCUGUUCAAUUGUUGAACACAGGCAAUGUUUUAAAUAAAGACAAGCUGUCUACAAAAGUUAA